AUGGUCUCCUUCGAUUGCAGUGAUGCCCAAGAGUAUCGACGACUGAUACCAUGGUUGUUUUCUGGAGUAUUCCAUACUCCAACGGCUAACAGAGAGAAACCGUCUGGUGGGCAAAGUGUGGCGGUGCCAGCUGAAAGUCAAUGGAAGGUGAGGCGCAAGCCAUCAGGUGCUGGUGGUCAGCAAGUGUCCUCGUAUCAAACCCAUGACCAAAUUCAAAAUCGACAGGAAAUGUUCUCUCCAUCGACUUGGCUAUUCGUCUGGAAUAAAAUUAUGACCGUGGCUGAAAUUGCUUCAUUGACAGCUUGA